UCCGGUUUAGUUUUGCCCUGGGCCCCUGGAAACCUCUGGGCGGCCCUGAGGAGAGUCACAGCAUUGGGGAAUUCAUUGUCGGAAAAGGGAGAGACGCGCGGAAAGACUUUUCGCUGUCAUGUCACCCAUCAUGGACCAUGUGGACCAGGAAGACCCGCGCUCUGUUAUCGGGGAUCUAACCCUCGUGAAGGCUAUUAUGUGAUGAACUUAGCCUGAAUUACGAUUCGAGUAGUAAGACGAUUCCCGUGCCGCUAUAUUCCGCGGACAUUAAAGUUUUGUCGCGGAAUCAUGCCGACACGGAACUGGAGCAAGAUCGCCUGCCCUGCCGUCGAGCUCUCCCUUCAUAAAACUCUCGGUAGUGGGCAGUCUUUCAGGUGGGAGACCCUUGAGAACAAUGAGUGGAGAGGUGUCUUGGAAAGAUUUGUCAUUCUCUUCUCCCAGACUGAUACACACCUGCUUUUUGAAGUGCUCAAUGAACAUAAAUGUGCACCAGCUAAGUUGGAAAAGAAGAUUCAAAACUAUUUUCAGAUGGAAUAUAAUAUGCAAGAUCUGUAUAGGCAGUGGUCACUUCAGGACCCAAAUUUUGCUGUGAUUGAGAAGCAGUUUGCUGGAGUUCGCAUGCUCUCUCAGGAUCCUGUUGAGAAUCUAUUCUGUUUCAUCUGCUCUUCCAACAACAAUAUCAAAAGGAUCUCUCAGAUGGUGGAUAAAAUGUGCUGUAAAUAUGGAGAUUUUAUUGGAAGAGUUGAUGGGAAGGAUUAUUACAGCUUCCCAUCUAUUGAGUCUUUAGCUGAAGAUGAUGUCGAAGAGAAUCUGCGACAGCUGGGAUUUGGUUACCGUGCCAAGUAUGUGAACCAGGCUGCCAAGAUGGUCUUGAACAAAGGUGGAUCCAAGUGGUUGAAAUCUCUUCGGAAUCUUCCCUAUCGAAAGACCCAUGAUGAACUGAUGAAGCUGCCUGGUGUUGGAGCCAAGGUUGCUGACUGCAUCUGUUUGAUGUCUAUGGGACAUACGUGUGCUGUGCCAGUGGAUACACAUGUAUUUCAGAUUGCAGCAGCCAGAUACCUACCUCAUAUCAAGGGAGUGAAGUCUCUGACAAGCAAGGUGUACUGGCUGAUUGGAGACCAUUUCAGGAACCUCUUUGGUGAUCUGGCAGGUUGGGCACAUUCGGUGCUGUUUUGUGCUGAUCUUAAGGAAUUUGAAGGGGAAGCGAAACAGGCAGCUUGUGCAUUAAAACGGACAGCUGAGGUGCAGAUGCCAGGUCCUCUGGUUCCACACUCACACAAGAAGAAGCGGAGAUGAUUUUGCUGAUUGAGGUUUUGGCAGAGGUUUGGAGUGACUUGGUGAAAGUGUGAAAAGUAUUCUGCCUGAGAAAUGGAUGUCCUGAAAGGUGUUUUACUUUGAAAAGUCUUCCAUGAAGAUGAUAGAAGGUGCAUAUAACUGAAGGGAAUGUGUGA